UCCUUCUUCUCAGCCAAUCAGAAGUCACGACACGAGGUCGCUAUUUUAUGACUCACGAAGUUCAGAAACAUUAUUAUUUGACAUAUACUUCCAUAUUUUAAUGGGAAAGCUCAACUUUUACGUCCUUUGGUCCCUCCGCGACGCUCCUCGCCAGUUUAUCAGCAAGUCAAACCGAAGAUGCUUCCACGUCCACGUCCCGCUGCCUCUACCCAAGCAGCUGGUUAUCUUCGGUUUCGGCGAGUGGGGGUGUAGCGAGACCACCAUGUCUGUGGAGGUAGUGGUGAGUGCUGACGUGCUACCUCAAAACAUAGGAACGCUUACAUCUCAAGCUAGGUGUCUGACUUUUGAGGGGGAGUGGAGCUCUGACAUGAUGUCUGUGGCAGCAGAGAGAGGGAGGAAAGGAGUCUAUGGCAAGAUUGUACUCACGGUGUGUGGACAGUUUCAGGAUACAGGCAGCAUUCUGAACAGUAGUUCUUCGGUCCAAAGGAAAUGUUUAUUCCCAGAGCAGCUCAGCACCACUGAUCUCUCCUGUACUUCACACCAAAGUGCUGCAGAAGACACGGUAACCCCCAACUCCUCGCAGUUGGGCGACAGUGUUUGCUGUGGCGAGAUCCAGGUUCAUAAAGUUGACACCAGCGAUUCAGCCUUUGGAUGUAAACCUUCUCUCUGGCCUACGGAUAAGACGCCCAGACGGACUCUCAUCAGCAGGAAAGGUCGCCUGACAUGGAGCUCGGAGGAAAUGGAGGACACAGAGUGCAUAGGCCGAGCUUCAACUCCCAAAAAAAGGAGGUUGUUCAGGUUGAACAGCCAGGAAGAAAUGACUUCGCAGAUGAAGGAGCAGGACAGAGCAGUGUGUCCGUCAAAGCGUUGGAGCCACACCAUGUGCCUCAGUGACCUCGACACUGCCAUACUCAUCGGAGGGGAAACUAUGGAGCAGAACUUCUGUGAGGACUCCUUGUGGAAGCUGGAGUUAGCCGAUGACCUCUGGUACCCGAUGAACUCCUCCGUAUCCGGACCUGCACCACCUUGCGCCAGAGGACUCUCUGCAACCUUUGACCCAGACUCUAAAACCAUCUUGGUAUACGGUGGCCUGAGGGAGGGUCAGCGCUACAGCGAGCUCUACAUCCUAAAUACUCUGACCUGGAAGUGGAAGCUUGUCACAGCAAAAGGGAACAUUCCAACCCUGGCGUAUCAUUCUGCAACUUUUUAUAAGAAGGAGCUUUUUGUCUUUGGUGGGGUUCAUCCCAGCCAGUCUUCCAGGGAGAAGUUGUGCAGUAAUGCUUUGUACAUCUUCAACCCAGAGUUUGAACUCUGGUAUCAACCUAUUGUCGAGGGGGACAAGCCUCUGCCUCGCUUUGGACAUUCAACUACACUCCUGUCCCAAAAGCUGAUCAUAUUUGGUGGCCGAAAAACUGCAACCUACCUAAAUGACCUCCAUAUUUUAGACCUUGGCUUCAUGGAGUACACAGCUGUGAAGUGUGAGAACAUGCCGCCACUGCCUCGAGGGUUUCAUGCUGCUCUCCCAGUUUCAGACAACAGGAUUGUAGUGAGUGGGGGAUGCAGCACAUUAGGAACCUUGCAGGAUGUGCAUGUCUUCAAUACUGACACCAAAAUCUGGAGUUCCGUGGUGUCGUCCGAGUUGUGCUCCAAGCCCCGUGCUGGACACAGUUUGAUCCAUUUAACUUCAACGACCUUGGAAGACUUUGAAACGCACAAGCAAGAUAAAGCUGUCAAAGUCCAAUGCACGCUGCUGCUGUUUGGUGGCUCCGACUGCUCUGGUAACUUCUACAAUGACACAGUUCGAUGCACGGUGGAGAUUCCCUUAUGAUAAAAGACCAGUUUACCUCGGAGGUACACAAAACAGGACAUCUGUUUUUAAAACAUGCUUCAUGUUAGCUUUACUUCCUUAGUUAUUUUUCUGCAGGCUAGUCCAUGCUUCCGCCAAGCAACUGAUAUGAUGGCACACUUUGAAUAACAAAUGUGUCAUUUGCAUGUUUUUCACAGUUCUCAUGUGCUGGUGUUGGUCGUUCAAUAUU